AUGCCAUAUUCGGAGGCCCACGAAUCGUGGGCCCAACCAGUCCACGAUAUUGCUAAGGUAGAUGCCGAGGAGCUUAACUUCGGGGCAGUCUUUAAGCCGGCGUGCAACCAUCUCGUACGGCUGAAGAUUAUCCACUUUGCUCUCGCCAACGCCAAUAUGCUCCAGUUAAAAACGUGA